AUGGGGCUGGACUGUAGAUGUCCUACUUCAGCCAAGCAGCUCAUGAAGACUGUCUUUGCCACAGGCUUGCCCUCAAGGCUGGACUUUGACACCUGGAGCUCAGCAAAAAAGCUUCAGUGGAGGGAACUCCGGGAAAUUGCAGACUCACAGACCGGACAGGAGGUGGCCUGCAUGGUGGCCUGCAAAGAGACAGCAGAGCCACACCUCCCUGUGGACACCAGAUACACCUACCUAUUCUCCAGCAACACCAGCACCAGCCUGAAGGGGGCGCCACUGGAGACGAGUGGCCUGGGCCUCCAGGGUUUGGCUGUCCUUGAAGUGCUAGGCCCAUGCCAGAUGACCUUAUGGUUUCAAGACUUCCAGGUGACGUCUGUUCUGGGGCUCCAGGUGAAGGUUCUGAAGGAAUCAGAGAGUUUGAGUGCUGCUCUGGGCCGCAAUCCUCUUGGCUUCAUCCUCAGUGCUGGGCAAGUGGUCCACUUGUGUCCCCACCGCUCUGAGCCACGCUGGGUUUUGAACGUGAAGCGAUCAGUUCUGAGCCUUGUGCAGAUGUCGGGGGUCCACGAGUCUAAGACCUUUGAGGAGGAAGACAUCCUGGACCGGUGUCCCACCACAUACCAGAGCCAAGGGGAUCAGCUGCUGAAGACGAAGGAUUUGGCUCUGUGCUCCCUGCACACAGUCCACUCCUCCCUGUACAGUCAGCCCCUGCCUGGGAUGGUGAGCGCACCCCCCCCCCCCCAUCUAGCUUCCAGCUUCAACUGUCGGCAGAGCUUCCAGGCCGGUGUACUGCACGAGGAGGCUGCCUGUGAGGAGCAGCACGCAGCCGGACCCCUGUUCCAGAAGGCCAGCGCUGUGCACACACUGGUCUUCUCCUCCAUCACACUGCUGCGCGUGGUAGCCCAGGACCCAGCCACCACAGAUCCACCUGAUACAGACUACAAAGAUGUGAGUCCCAGCAGCCUGCAGUACAAAUGGGAGGACACACCGUCCCCAGCCACAGCGGCCAUGGCAGCUGCAUUAGUGAGGAGGCUGUGUGUGGCUCAGCCUACCAGCUUUGAGGCCACAGAGACAUUCCUGAUGCUGGUGUCUGAGCUCCAAAGCCUUCCUGUGGAUGAGCUGAUUGCAGUCUGGCGCCGUUCACCUUUUAAAUGCCGUGAUGAUCGGCAUCCACUGGUAGACGCUCUGCCUUCCUGUGGCACCCAGAACUGUGUGGGCCUCAUGAAACAGCUGGCUAGGGAGGUGGAGGCAGAUCAGGCUGAGGCAUGGCUGUGGUCGCUGGCCUUCAUCCCGAAGCCCACAGAUGCCAUGGUGCUUACACUGUUGACACUGUUGCAGUCUCCAGGGGCCAGCCCAGGGGCCUUCCUUGGCAUCUCGGCUCUGGUACACAACCUCUGUGCUGCUCUGGAUGAGCACUGCUAACAGCUGCCUGGAGUUGGCGCCCUUGUGAAGAUUCUGGGAGAGGCCUUGGGUGUGAACUGCAGCUUCCUGGAGCCUAUGGAUGCUGGUCAGCUUCAGCUUGUACUGAAGGCCAUCGGCAAUGCUGGUCUGGCAGCAGCAGCUCUCGCCCCUAUGCUGAGCGCCUGCACAUCCCUGAGGGGCGUCUCUCCGGAGAUGGCUCUCCAGGCCUUCCGGAGGAUCCCUUGCUCUGCAGACGUCCGUGCUCUCUCACCUUACCAAGCUCCUGAGGAGGACACAGAGCUCCAUAUCAAUGCCUACCUGGCUUUGAUGAGGUGCCCCAGUGAGGAGGUGUUUGCCCAGGUGCGGCACACACAGGCAACCGAGCGGUCUACCCAGGUGGGCUCCUUUGUGUGGAGCCACAUCCUGCAGCUGCUGGAGACGGAUGAUCCCCUGAAAUGUGACCUUCGGGACUCCCUCCCUGAGGACAUCCUCAGUCAGCAGUUCCAGACGGAGACCUGGAAACACUCCUCCUAUUCUGAUGUCACUUUCCGCUCAACAUCUGGCAGCCUGGGAGGCAACCUGGAGAGGACCUUCCUCUUCUCCUCCGGCUCUUUCCUCCUUUCUUCUGCCGUGGUAAACCUCACUGUCCAUGCUGCUGGUCGGGCCUUCAACCUGCAGGAGCUGGGACUCCGGCUGGAAAAUGCUGAAGACAUCAUCCGCAGUCUACUGGGCCCCAAAUCCUGGAGGCAGGAAGAAAAGAGAGAGGCUGAGCCAGAGAAUUCUUGGGGGCCAGAGCCAGACCUGGACAGCUCUGACUGUCCAGGAGAAAGAUCCAGAAAGAUGAAGGACCUCCAGGAGAAGGUAGCCCAGUGGUAUAGGGCAAGACGGGCACCAAGCUGCCAGCUGAGUUUCAAAGUGUUUGGGCACGAGCUGAGCUUCCUGGACUGUGGGCCUCUGGGGGACCACAGGAGAUGCUGGUCUCUGCACCUGGCUGAACUUGCCAUCAAGUUCCUCAAGGGGCAGGAGAUACAGGUGACCCGGAGGCUGAAUCUGGCUGUGGGGGAUCUCUUCUUUCCCACAAUGUCUGGCAUUCCAGCCAGGCUCACCAUACAUGCCUUGGCCACUGUCAGCAUCCAUGUCCAAGGCGUGGCUGACUUUCAGCCACUCUCAGAUUUCUCCCUGAGGGGUUACAUCAAGCUCAGUGUCCUCCUUCAGGUCUCAGCUCAGAUGGGCACCGCAGGGGCCCUGGGACAGGCCAGGCUCAGGUGGUUGACCUGUGCCCGUGGCACCGCCAGCCUAGACGGUGGGAUCCAAGCAAGGAAGGGUCAGGACUUCAGAGUGCAUCUGAACGCCCCAGAGAACUCAGCGGAGCUACUCAGCUUCAGCUCCAGGCUGUAUCUUGUCACCUGGCACAGUGUGAAGAACUUGAGUGAAGGUCACAGCUUCUCCGAGUCCCGGUCCUGUGCCCAUGAAGACUCUUUUUCCUGGGGGUAAAGAGGAUGCACCUCUGUGUACUAAUUGGCCUGGCCAGGGCCUGGUCAGCCCUCCCUGCUCUUGGCACCUGUGUUCACUAAUUUGAUUCUGAAAAAGCAGGGCCCAGGACUUCAGCUGUACCUGCUGGAAGCUGCCUACACCCUCCAUUUCCAGAAGGACAGCUGGUUCCCUGAAGAAGCCACAGCCCACCUCUUCAUGGGUACACCCCAGUCAGACAUGGUCAGGGACGUGGGGUGGGGCAUCAGCUACAGUGUGCCCCAGAGGAAGUGCCAGCUCAAGCUGCUGCACCCCAAAAAGAAAAUUCAGCUGAAUGGUAAGAUGGAGGUUCCCAAGAGUGCACACAUGGGCCAUCUGGAGCUGGGCCAGAGUGACCUGCAGCCAGAGUCAGGCAACAAGACCCAGCGGUUUGAGGCCCAGGUGGAGGCAAAGUUGGUGACAGCGGGCAGACCUGUAGUCCUUGGUAGGAGCAUCACGUGGCAGUCAGGCAGCAGGCUGUCCAUCUCUGCAUCUCUGAGGCGCAUGCUGAAUGACCAGGCUCACUUAACAGGGUACCGGCUCCUGCUGCGACCUGCGGAGGUGGCACCGUUGCCCCGGAUGGUGGAGAUCACACUGUCUGGGCCUUACUGUGUCCUGGAGGCAGGGGUGGGGUCUCUGAGCCCCCAAGCUGCAGGUUCCAGUGUGGCAGAACUCCACAUACAGGGCCUGCUGGAGCAGCAUGGCCCUGUGGGAAGCAGCACCUUGAGGAUCAAGUACGGCCUCCUGGGUACGGUCCAGCUACAGUACACACAAGGCCUGGACCACCUCCGCUGGCUGCUGGCGGCCAGCUACAGGGAGCGGUGGGCUGAGAGCGGCAACAAGAGAUUCUUGCGUGUCAGCCAGACCUUCAAGAACGAUUCGGGACCAGCACUCCGCAAUUACUUCCUGGAGUUUGCACUGCAGGUCCUGGAGAGGCGGGUGGCCUGCCUCACACAGCUGUUUCACUUGAGCCUCCGGCAGCCCCAUGUCAAGAGCAGCACAUACCUGAUGGUGCUGCUCAGUGGGCAGCUGCCCUUGGCCGUAGGCUUGCACUGGAGGGACACAUCCAGGGCCGCCCUGUGGAGAUGGGAAGGAGCCUUGACCUUGGACAGUCCGUGGCUCACAGUGUCUGCAGCUCACAGGCUUGUCUCAGAGCUGACGCUGGCCAAGGCCUGGACCCUCAAGGCUCUAGUGGUCAGCAUGACCUGCAGGAGCCAGGGCCAUGACAGGGAAGUCAAGAUCCAGGUGUACACUGAAGCCACCACCCAUCUCUGGGUGAGCUCCAGUCAGCCUGGAGUGCAGAGUGAGGUCCGUGCAGAGAACAGCCAGCACAGGAAGGUCCUACACUGCUCGUUGAAGAGUCUCCAACGGGAGCUGAACCUCACAGCAGCCUAUAAGCACACAAGGAAGAGGCUGCAGCCAGGCUCAGUAGCCAUUCUGGCAGUCAAUCCCAGGGCCAGCGUGCUGCUGACAGUCCUGGGGACUGGUGUCCUGGGCCAGCCUUGAGGCCUGCAGCUGGAGAGAGAGCUGGAGCAGCUGCAGAGAGGCACGACAUUGUACCAGAAGCAGGGAACAUUGCUCCUCAGAUAUGUGCACCCCUGGCACCUCCUGGUCCCUCGGAGCCUCCUCUUGCAGGGGACCUUCACGGUGGACAAACAGCGCCAGCGUCACUUCCUGGAGACCAAGGCUGUCCCAAAUGGCCAGGUGGAGAUCCUACACACUGCGGUGCUGGGCUGCCAGGCUGGACACCCCUGUAUCUGCACAGGCCUGACCCACCCCUUCGAUGAUAAGGCUAUCCCCAGGAGCCUCGAGGGGUUCCUGGAGGCUUGGAAUCUGAGCAAUGCUAAGAACAGUGAGGUCAAGGCUACAUUAAAAGUCAACCAGGGGCUGGAGAGAUGGCUCAGAGUCAUUCUGCAUCUGAAGGGUUUACACCAGGGCAGCUCUCAGCACGGAGGGAUCCGGCACAGCGUGGCUUUGAAUGCCACCCGUUCCUCCCAGACCCUCCACUUGGACGGUGGCUUUGACCUCACAUGGCCUCGACAAGGAGCAUUUGACUUCAGUGUACAUGUACAAGCUGCUACCAACCGCAAUGCCACAUCCCAGGUCUUGGUCCAGCUGAACAAAUCAAGCUCCCACUUGGCAUUUUCCUUGCAGCUCCAACCUCCAGAUGGCCUUGCCUUCCCACCCAGCUUACAGGUGCAGGCUGCCACAGUACAUCACAAGGAACGCAGAGUGGACGUGUCCCUGUCUGUGCAUGUGUCCAGCCAUGAGCUGCUUCUGUUAGAGGUGGACACCAGCAAGCAACACAGCAGGAACCGCUGGGGCUGACUUGAGGUCUCUCUCCACCAGGCUGUCUUCAGCACCCCCAGAGCCCUUCAGCUACAGCUGUCCUCCAUGGUCACCCCAGCAAGGGCACAGCUGUUUUCCAAGGUGAUGCUGGACCAGGACUCAGCACAGCUGCUCCUAGGGAUAUCUGAGGGACUAGAAGGCUGGGUCCUCAGCCUGCGGAGCCUUGCCCAGCACUCAGUGGCUGGCUGGACAAAAGUGCCCCCUGUCCUGAGCCUCAGGGGUGUGCUAAAGCAGAAGAUGACAUUCAAAGAAGGUUCUGUUAAGGUGGCCACCAACUCAGCCAUGCUGAGCUUCCUCCUGCAGGAUAAGCAUGAGGAGACAGGGAACAGUAGUUUGCACAGCAUGACCCGCACCCUCAUCCAGAACUGCAGCCAGGCCUUGCCAGCAGAGCUCCAGUUGAGAGGGCGGUGGCAGACCUCCUCCGGAGCCCUCAGGGACCAGGCCAGAACAGCCUCCAAGGCUGGGGUGCAAGUAACUGAUGCCCAGGAUUCUUCCAACCACUCAGCACAGAUGGAAUUGUGGAGUGCAAACUGUCACCUCAAUGCCCACCUUAACUCCUCAGGCCCCACCAUGCCCAGCCACAGGCACUGGGCCCUCCCCUUCUCCAUAUAUGGCCAUGGGCACAUCUAGGUCUGCUGCAGUGGAGACACCUCACCGGCUCAGCUGUUGGGUCCAUGCCAGGGGAACAUUGAAGAGUGGCCUCGCCAGUUACCAGGGUCUGACCUGUGGAGAGGGCUUCCUGUGGCCCUUAGUGGAGAGGGGCUUCCUGUGGCCCUUAGUGGAGAGGGCUUCCUGUGGCCCCCAGUGGAGAGGGCUUCCUGUGGCCCCCAGUGGAGAGAGCUUCCUGUGGCCCCCAGUGGAGAGAGCUUCCUGUGGCCCCCAGUGGAGAGAGCUUCCUGUGGCCCCCAGUGGAGAGAGCUUCCUGUGGCCCUUAGUGGAGAGGGGCUUCCUGUGGCCCCCAGUGGAGAGGGCUUCCUGUGGCCCCCAGUGGAGAGAGCUUCCUGUGGCCCCCAGUGGAGAGAGCUUCCUGUGGCCCCCAGUGGAGAGAGCUUCCUGUGGCCCCCAGUGGAGAGGGCUUCCUGUGGCCCCCAGUGGAGAGGGCUUCCUGUGGCCCCCAGUGGAGAGGGCUUCCUGUGGCCCCCAGUGGAGAGGGCUUCCUGUGGCCCCCAGUGGAGAGGGCUUCCUGUGGCCCCCAGUGGAGAGGGCUUCCUGUGGCCCCCAGUGGAGAGGGCUUCCUGUGGCCCCCAGUGGAGAGGGCUUCCUGUGGCCCCCAGUGGAGAGGGCUUCCUGUGGCCCCCAGUGGAGAGGGCUUCCUGUGGCCCCCAGUGGAGAGGGCUUCCUGUGGCCCCCAGUGGAGAGGGCUUCCUGUGGCCCCCAGUGGAGAGGGCUUCCUGUGGCCCCCAGUGGAGAGAGCUUCCUGUGGCCCCCAGUGGAGAGGGCUUCCUGUGGCCCCCAGUGGAGAGGGCUUCCUGUGGCCCCCAGUGGAGAGGGCUUCCUGUGGCCCCCAGUGGAGAGGGCUUCCUGCGGCCCCCAGUGGAGAGGGCCUUCUGCGAGACCAAGACGUGGGCCCACGUGGUCCUCCGUGGCAGGGACAGCAAAGUGAGUGUGGAUGUGGCAGCCCUGCUGGCCCGGCUGCCAAACGGCACAUUGGAGGUGACAGUGAACACCAGCCACACCGUGCAGGCUUUCCAGAGACUAGGCCUGCCCUUCAACAGCCAGUUACUAUUCCGAGAACUCUGGACCUUGGAAAACAUGAGUUCCUUCCUGCAAAUUACUUGUGACACCCAAGAUAUUCUGUUCCUCCAUGUCCAUAGCCAGAACCAUGCCAACAGGUGGGAGCUCUUGAUGCUCUGGUACUCUGAGGAGGAGACCAAAUGCACUUUUGUCCUAGAGGUGGAGGAGCGCUGUUUCCACGUCAAUACCACCCUGCUGGCUGCUAAGGAUAGCCUAGACAAUGUCAUCCAGCUGCAACAGACCUUCCCCCAACUCAGCACCCUUCCCACAGAGCUGUCCCUGAGGACCGUGUUCCAGAGAACACAAGGUACCCACAUCCUGUACCAGGUGGUGCUAUGGGAUGGCAGGGAGGUGGCCCUCAAUGGGAGCCUCUCCCGGCCCCUCUCAGAGUUCUCAGGGAAUAUCCGUCUUCAGGAGUACUCUAGAGGCAGCCACCAUGCUGACCUGGCUGUGGCCUGGGACAAUAAAGACCAGGUUCAGCAAUCACGGGACAGAGGCUCACCUGUGACUCUGGAGGUCACCUGGGCUGACAGGUCCUCUCCGCACAGUGUGGCCUGGGAUAGCUGCCUCCCCAGGUCAGGUAUGUGACUGCAGGGAACCUGGGACCUGGGCCCGCUGCAGGCCUGCGCGGCCCUGACUUGGACCCCGGGCGUGUUCAGUGAGCAGCUUGACCUCUCCUGGGGCUGACGCCGGCUGCAGCAGAAUGUGACAUAUGAGGUGAGGCCCAGCAAGCCAGACUCAGUGCAGGCCACACUAGAGCACAUCCUCCUGGCCCCCUGUGGCCUGCACAGCUUCCCGGGGACAGUGGAGACUGACUACACCCACAAGCUACGCCACACCCUCCGCCUGGGGCUUUGCAACUUGCCCAGGGCCCUCUCAUUCUCCGGGGAGCACAGUCUGGACCAGGGUGCACUCCUGCUGUGGUCUCAGUACCAGCUGGAUCUUGCUCCAGACCCUGACCAGGGCCUGCACUUUAGCCUUACCCUCUACAACCACAGCCGACCUAAUGCACCGGACUUCUCUGGGCAGCUGGAGCUCCAAGGCCCCAGAGCUCAGCAGCUCCUCCUCCUGGGCCGCAUCGCUACCUCAGCUUCCCACAGCUUGGUACAACUAGAGGGCAGCGUGGAUAAGGAUGAGAAACUAAGACUGUUGGUAUCCCAGGCCCUGAGCUGUCUUCAGGCUUCUGCCACCCAUGUAGAAGGGAGCACAGAAGAAAGUGUGACGCUACAGGCAUGCGCCCACAGGAGGGCCGUGAAGGUGGAGGCCCUGCUGCAGAACAGUGGGCAGCAUGCCCAGCCACUGGGCCGCCUGACCCUGCAGGCAGCCAACCAGAGCCUCAUCCUAGUCGCACAUGGCUGUGAGGGGGCCCUGCUGAGCCACAUGGAGUCCAUGAUGACAGCAAUUGGCUCCCAGAUGCAAGCCCAGCUGGAAGAGAAGAUCCAAAGCCUGGAUGUCUAUGGGAGAGGGUUCCAGAACCUGGUACAGCUGGUGGGCACCCUGGCCAGAGCAGCAGAUUGCCUGGUGCAACUGACCCAGGUAGGGCUGGGUGCAGUUCAGGCAGGUACCCAGGUGGUAGCCACCUUGUGGGGCCGAGGUCAGGUCAGGCUCAAGCUGACCAGUCACUUGCCUCUCUACCUGGAGCAGCUGCAGGCGGAGAUGGAGCAGUUGCAGAAUGAGCUGGAGUAGCCCCUGGCCACGCUGAAGGAGGCCUACUUGGAGGUGACGCUGAGGCCCCUGGAUGAGGUGUGGCGAGAGUGGGCUGAGGAAGCUAGGCAGUGGCUGCAGGCCGGGCUGCUCAGGCUGCCAGAAAGUUGGAGGCUAAGGCCCAUCCAGGUGGCCCUGGGAGCCAUGAUGGGUGCCCUGGAGCUGGCCACCCACCAUGCACUGUCCUGGGAUGAGGCUGAGGUCUCCUGGGCCUUGAGGAGGCUCUGCAAACCCUAAUGGGGCAUAUACAGUUACUCAGCCAGGAACCGCUCCGUGAUGGUCAGGCUACCACUCCUGCCGGGGGACCAGCCCCUGGAUGCGGCCCAGGCGGUCAGUUACCUGGUGGAGAAGAAGCUGCUGUGGUCACUCUGCAGGCUGUAUGAGGCUGACGUGCUGGCUGAGUUCCAUGGGUUCCGGCGGCGUCUCCUGGGGAGCUCCUUCAAGUCCUCGGUUCCCUCCUGGGUGGAACAGAAGGACUACCGUGGCUGGCUUGUAUUACGCUGUGGUGGCCUGGUGACUUUGGAUGGACAGGUGUGGGGCCUGGGUCCCUGCUGUGGCAGCUUCCUGCUUUCCAAGGACUUCACUCACCAAACUCUGAUGCUGAGCUGCACAAGCUCGGGGUUCACGGUCCUUCGCGUGGAGCUGAACCACACAGCCCUCGUGCUGUAUCCAAGCCUGAAGGCUUACAAGCUGUAUGACCUGUCUGCGGGGCCUUGGAACGGCUGCUGGGAUUUAGAUCUGCCUCCUGCUACGCUGAACACUGGGCCCAAGGUUGAGCUGAGCAGUGAGGAUGGUGUGUCUGUCUCCUGUGACGUGCCAGCAGGCCUCUGCAGCCUGACACUGGGCCUGUGGCACCACAUGGGUAUAUCGGCUGGCUGGCUGGGUACCAAUAACAAUGAGGCAGAUGAUGAGCUAAUGCUGCCAGAUGGCACAGAAGCUGCCAGCCUGGAGGAGCUCACCCAGGCCUGGCAGAGGAUGCAGCAGCCAUGCUCAGGACACAGCACCAUCUGCCAGGCCUUCUUCCAGGAACCCCGCUCCAGUCUGGGGAACUGCUUCCAGGUGGUGGACCCUGCCCCAUUCCUCAGACUGUGUGUCCAGGACACCUGUGACCCCAUGGAGCUGCAAGCUGCCUGCCACCUAGCGGCUGCCUAUAUCUACUAUGUGCCCAGGACUCUGCCGUUGGCCCUUCCUCUGCAGUGUGGUGAGCUGAGGGACUCCCAGCUGGCCCGGGGCAUCCACCCUGCAACUUCACUGGACGGCGGCCAGGCCGAGGCACACACCUCCGGAACCCACAUCGAGAAAGAUACUGCCUCACUCACCCAGAAACUGUUUCUUCAACCUGAGCCUUGGGAUGGCAGUGACCGGGAGGAUGCAAGGCUGCCUGGCCCAGGCUCCCCCUGCCACCGGGGAUCUCAGAAGGGCUUCGUGCAGGAAUAA